GGUAGUUAACGUCCUCUAGUGAGUGCACUCUACCGUAAAUAAAACAUUAUUGUCCACAUUAUCGUUACUAACUAAUGAAUGUCGAACCGAAAAGCGGUUUUAUCAAACAAUAACCUUAAUGUUAACUGACUGGCUGUUCAUUCAAACAACUCAUAUCGUUGCGAUGAGCUAACGUUCGCUAAUAUAUAGCUUGUGUCGACAGGCAGAACGAACUAGCAUGUUGCGUGCUAACUUUAGGACAAACAACAUGCUAGCUAGCCAUCUGUCAAGCUUGCCAAGCAACCAUCUUGACUGAAAUUGCUACAAGUCAUUCGUUCAAUUACUUUCUGUCUUUGUAAAGAUGCAGGGAAGCAAUUGCUGAACAUCCCAAAGAAACCUUCUAGAAGACUUCAUCUCCCACACAUAGGAGCUGAUAUCAUGGCAAUGGAUGCGGCUGUGAUCGGUGCCAACGGAGAGAUGAAGGUUUUCUACAACCAGAACCUCAGUCCCAGCAAAGGUGUCCUGUCCCUGGUGACAGUCCACCCACAGUCUCUCUCUGUGGGGAAACAACUGCUUCCCAAAACCCUGGGGCCCUCCAACGUCAACAUCGCCCCACACAUGGUGAUGGGUACCCCUCAGAGGCCCAGUGGGUCAGGGGGGUUAGUGAUGGGCAGCCCUCACACACCCAGUACCCAGUACAGACCACAGAGCCAGCCCCCUGAUGCAUCUCCCUGGUCCACCGGGAAGCGUGGUACUGGUAAGAAGGGGGAUAAGAACGGGAAGGGUCUUAGGCAUUUCUCCAUGAAGGUGUGUGAGAAGGUGCAGAAGAAGGGAGUAACUACCUACAAUGAGGUGGCUGACGAGCUCGUGGCAGAGUUCAGCGCCAACGACACCCUCCUCUCGCCCGGCGACUCGCAUUCCUACGACCAGAAGAACAUCCGACGACGUGUGUACGAUGCGCUCAACGUGCUCAUGGCCAUGAACAUCAUCUCUAAAGAGAAGAAAGAGAUCCGGUGGAUCGGCCUGCCCACCAACUCAGCCCAGGAGUGUCAGAGCCUGGAGGUGGAGAGACAGAAACGACUAGAGAGGAUCAACCAGAAACAGUCUCAGCUUCAGGAGCUCAUUCUACAGCAAAUAGCGUUCAAGCGCCUGGUGCAGCGGAAUCGUGCAGCGGAGCAGCAAGCGGGCAGGGCUCCGCCCCCAAACUCUGUCAUCAACCUGCCCUUCAUCAUCAUCAACACCUCCAAGAGGACCGUCAUCGACUGCAGCAUCUCCAACGACAAGUUUGAGUACCUGUUCAACUUUGACAACAUGUUUGAGAUCCAUGAUGACAUUGAGGUGUUGAAGAGAAUGGGGCUGGCCUGUGGUCUGGAGGUGGGCCAGUGUUCACCAGAGGACCUGAAGGAAGCCCGCACCCUGGUGCCCAGAGCCCUGGAACCCUAUGUUACAGAAAUGGCCACGGGUCCAAUAAGCAACGUCUACAUCACAGGAACCUCGUCUACAAACGGAGGAGGACGGCGUCACACAAGUAGCUCCGAUGGCACGGUGGCGUCCAUUUCCAACGACUCGCGAGGCUACACCCCCGUGUCCUACAUGGCAGACGAGGAAGAGGAUGACGAAGACUACGACGACAAUGAUUAAAUCAGUAGUUUCUCACUCGGCCAACUCUUAACAGCCCAGUCUGAAGACUAACCAGCUGUGUUCCAAAUGGCUUCCUAUUCCCAAUAUACUGAACUACUUUUGACCACGGCCAUAUUGGCACAGAGGUAGUGCACUGUGUAGGGAAUCGUGCCAUUUGGAAUGCAUGCAGCCCAUGUCCCAUGAACAAGUCUCUCUCCCUUCCUCCAGCUCCAUCUCAGGCCUUCCCUCCACCCCACCAAGCUAUCUACGAGGAGGCUUCUCCUUCCUCAACUGCCUUCAGAAUGCACAGAGCUCACCAACGCAAUGGCCUUCUGGGAAACGUAGUCUUUGCUGACACUAUGACUGUAUAAUGCCUUUUGUGGGAAUUGUAAUUUAUUUUUUUCUCUCCUUCUGAAGCUGUGAUUACUAUGAGUAUAAUCUCCACAACGUGCUCCUCUACAGCCCGCCUCCUCGUUACAGGAAAUGGAAUCUUUCUCAUGUCAAACUAGUUUUUUGUUGUUUCUUGCGUGAACUGAUACACGGCCACAGAAAGAUUCCCUCCAGAAACCUGAGAUCUGCCUUGUGUGGCUGUAUUACAGUGUUUAACACCAUGAACAGUAGUGGUGUCAUUGACAUGACAGUGAAAUGACUUCCUAUACAGCUCCCAGGGGAGAGGGAGUGUGUGUGUGUAGCUCCCAGGGGAGAGGGAGUGUGUGUAGCUCCCAGGGGAGAGGGAGUGUGUGUAGCUCCCAGGGGAGAGGGAGUGUGUUUUGUACUUAUUUGUAGUUAUAUUUUCUUAUUUUUGUGUGACUUUCUUCUGGCAGCUAUUUUAAAGAUGGGUCAGAAUGUGUGUUUUUGGACGGUCACUUGGCCCUGCGUGUCACUGAGUACCUACAGACAGCAGAGGCCAAAUGUCCCUGUGUGAAUACCUACAGACAGCAGAGGCCAAAUGUCCCUGUGUGUGACGGUAGAGGAGACAAGGCCACUGUUCAUAAUCUCAGAAUUGGAGUCGAGAGAAAGUUGUUGUAAAUUGGAAGCGGUUCUCUGCCUGGCUGGCAGGCAGCCCGUUGAGAUAGAAACGUACCAAAAUGAUUCUAAACAUCUCAAUGCUCUACUUAAUGAACGACACCCAGAGUGAAGUAUGAUUCUAAACAUCUCAAUGCUCUACUUAAUGAACGACACCCAGAGUGAAGUAGCUGCGUAUUAUCAAUGAAGUGAACUUUGGGGAGGAUGGAGCCAUUCCAUAGGGUUGUAACAAGCUCAAGACUUCAGGAUUGUGGCAAAAGCCAAAAUAGGGGAGUCCACUACAAUGACCCCCCCCCGCCCCCCCCAAGGAACUUUUGUAAAGCUGAAAACAUGUUGACUGCAAUACAAUGACCCCCCCCACCCCAUGUUGACUGCAAUACCACAUACCUUUUCUUUCUGUUAUCUAAUGAGUUUGGAAAUUAUAGAGAAUAAAUAUAGAGGGUGUUUGAA